UCCAGACGGCUGCAGUGCAUAACCUAAGAGCAGCGGUAACAAGCAAAGUUAACCAAAACUGAUCUGACAAGAAACCACAAUGUCCAGGUCAUUUUAUGUGGACUCUUUGAUCAUCAAAGACUCCUCCAGGCCGGUUCCGCCACCAUUACCGGACCAUCAUGCGCAAGACUUUCUCCUUCCCAUCAGCAUGCCGUCGCCAAUGAUGACUGUGGCCGCUCCAGUGUGUCCCUCACGCAAGACGGGCACUUUUUGCAUCUGUACCCUGUGUGUUGCAUCUCACCUGCAUUCGUCUAGAUCCGCUUUGCCCUUGAUCAAGAGUCAGUUUCCGAACAGUGACACACAGUACUGUCAAAGGGUACCUCAGCAUCCAAGUCACCCUCUGCAGAGUCAUCCCGGACACCCACCUGUCUGCGGUACCCCCGCCUACAGCGCAACAGAUCCAAGGCGCUACCACUGCCUACCAAUUCAGGGAUCACCGGACAGCAGCCAGCUUCACAAUGGCAAACGGAUGAGGACAGCCUUCACCAGCACGCAAUUACUGGAGCUGGAGAGGGAAUUCUCCUCCAACAUGUACCUGUCUCGUCUCCGGAGGAUUGAGAUAGCCACCUACCUCAGCCUGUCGGAAAAACAGGUGAAGAUUUGGUUUCAAAACCGCCGGGUGAAGCACAAGAAGGAAGGGAAGGGAACAUCCCGGCACAGCCAUGUGGGAGGCUGUAACUGUGCCAGCAGUCUGCAGCAAGGACACUAUCCCCCUCGCUCUGAAGACGAGGAGUCCCUGUCCCCAGCCAGUGAGGGCGACAAAGAAAUGUCACCUUUAUGAACUCAGGGGGAAAUGGACACGUUUUUAAAUAGCGAUGUAUCUACAAAAAGACUUUGUACAGAACUGACUGUUGGCACUUACACCAGUCAUAUUCUCAUCUAUAGGUGAAAAACUUCAGAUGCAGUUGGUAAAUUGCUGUGCCAGAAUACUUUUAAAGCAAGAUACCAUAGCAAUAUACUAUUUUCAGCAUAUGGUAGCACACAUUAAUAAUAUGAGUUUGAUUACUAGUUUUACUACCAGCCAUUCAUAAAUAAUAUAAGUUUAUUUUCUGCUUUAAGUUAUUAAAGGACAAGCAGUUUUAAAAUGUCCACAGCUAGAUGAUGAUGACACGCGUAGUAUUUUAUGACAAAAAUGUGUACAUAGGUUUCCGGUUAUAC